AUGGCAGAAAAACAACCAGAACAACACGUCGAAAUGGCUCCGGAUCCGGACGAGGACGAUCUCUCUGACCUUGAUGACAUGCUCGACGAGUUCUCGGCUGCCUCGAUCAAGGAACAGAAACAGCCCGCUCCUUCCACCACAACAGCACCUGCCUCAACUACUACGAAACAAGCUCCUUCCACUUCCUCCGUUCCUCCCCCACAACCUUCCGCAGAAGAUGAUGACUUUGCUCGUCAACUACAAGCCGGCAUGGCCGAGCUGCUGGGUGGCCUCGGCGAAGACCCGGAAAUGCAAAAACAGUUUCAAGAAAUGAUGAAGGAACUCAGUGCUGCCGCCGAACAAGAAGCCUCUGGUGCCACUGCUCCCUCGGCAGACUCUGCCUCUAAGCCCAAGACCGCUCCGACCUCUCCCACCUCUUCAUCUGCCGCCAAACCUGCCUUUGCUUCGACGAUAGAGAAGACCAUGGAAAGAAUGCAAGCCUCUGGCCAAUCUGCCUCUGCUGCUGCCGCAAGCUCAUCUCAGGACGACAUGCUCGCACAGAUGCUCAAGGAUCUCGAAUCUGGCAACUUCCCUUCUAUGGAUGGCGAUUCAGGAGACUUCAACUCCAUGCUCAUGGGUAUGAUGGAACAGCUGGUUAACAAGGACAUCCUUUACGAGCCCAUGAAGGAGUUGCAUGAUAAUUUCCCUGAAUGGUUGGAAAAGAACAAGGACUCGACAUCAAAAGAGGACCUGCAUCGCUACAAAGCACAACAAGCUGUCGUUAAAGACAUUGUUGACAGGUUUGAGAAGAAGGGCUAUAGUGAUGACAACAAGGAGGACAGUGAUUAUAUUGUCGACAAGAUGCAACAGAUGCAAGCAGCUGGUGCGCCACCACCAGGCCUGGUAGGCGACAUGAAUGCUGCUCAAGACAUGCUCAGCGAAGCCGACGGCUGUAACCAGCAAUAA